AUGGCCCGGCAAGUCUCGCAUGUGGCCAAGGAAUUAGGGCCCAAUGCCUACGAGCUGAGCACACCUGAAGGGAAGUCGCCGCUUCUUCGCAGGACAGUGUUGCAGGCGAAGACGGGUCAGGCGGUGAUUGUCAAAGACUCGCCAGAAGCAGUCAAGGCCAUGAAGAACGUUUUCAUGCGGCUGUGCACAACUACGAAUGAGUUGAUUUCAGUCAACGACGUCAUAAAGGUUCACAACCUGUUAGGUGAGCCCAUGGACGACGAGGACGAAAAGAAGAUGAUGACGUUCUUCGACACACCAUCUAAAACGAAAGUGUGCAUUAGCUUCGACACUUUCAUGGGGUGGUGGAAUGAGCUGCAUGACGUCGGUGCGGAUCCGGACAAGUACUAUUCGCAGGAGCGCUAUCGACAACGCUUCAAGGUGCUCCAGUCACGCCUCAAGGAGCCAACCAUAGCUUCUAUCCAAUCUGUCACGGAGGGCGAGAUCGGCUCUCGUCGGUUCCGCGUUUGGUUCGAAAGUGAUGGGACGCGCUUGUCCCCAUGGCACGAUAUUCCACUUCGAAACCCGGAUGGCUCGUACAACUUCGUCUGCGAAAUCCCGAAGUGGACCAGAAAGAAGUACGAGAUUGCCACUGGAGAAACCAUGAACCCCAUCAAGCAGGACGUGAAGAACGGCGUCCUCCGCGAUUACAAGUGGGGCGAUAUGCUUUUCAACUAUGGGGCGUUCCCGCAGACGUGGGAAGAUCCCAAACAUGUUAGCGAGGAGACCGGGUUCCCGGGUGACAAUGAUCCCAUUGACGUGAUUGAGCUCGGCACUCGGCAGCGGCCCGUGGGCUCAAUCACUCGAGUGAAGAUCCUUGGUGUUAUUGCCAUGAUUGACGAUGACGAGACGGAUUGGAAGGUUCUCACGAUUGCGAUGGAUGAUGACAGAUCGCAGAAUGUCAAUGACUUGAAUGACAUCGAUGCGCACAUGCCUGGCUGUACGCAAGCUCUCACUGAUUGGCUCAGAAUGUACAAAACAGCAGAAGGCAAAAAGGAGAACAAGUUUGGCUGCGGUGGCAAGCCGCAGGGCGCAGCAUUUGCACGCAAGGUCGUUGACGAGUGCCAUGCAGCAUGGCAGAAGCUGCUCACCACCGCAGAUGAGAAAGGCAAGGUAAAGAAGAUUGCCAGCGGGAGCAAUCUCUACACCGAGCUCGCGCUUGGUGAUGAUGACGAUUAG